AUGAAGACCAUCGGGGGGCUCCUUCUGCUCUGCACAAUGACUCAGUUCUUCAGUAACCCAGAAGCGGCUAGUCUGCCUUUAACAACACAGGUGGACUGCAGCAUUUACAAGAAGUACCCAGUGGUGGCCAUCCCCUGCCCCAUCACAUACCUGCCCGUUUGUGGUUCUGACUACAUCACCUAUGGGAAUGAAUGCCACCUAUGCAUUGAGAACUUGAAAAGUAAUGGAAAAGUUCAGUUUCUUCAUGAAGGAAGUUGUUAA